CUAAUAGGCUCUUACGCUUCGGUUGAAAGGCUUGAAAAUUACCGAGCCCUUUAUAACAUCCUAAAGCAAAAAAACCAUACUUUACCUGGUCCCCAAAAAGUAAGCUGAACGGUUGUAAAACUUGUACAGCAGUAAUGGCAGGCAAUCCAAAUAAAUUGUAAGAUCAGGAUUUGACUGUAAAGGAAUCAUCUUGGAUUGUCAACCUUGUAAAUUUUUAGUUACUCCAAUGAAAACCAUGUAAAGUUGGUUCUAUUUGGAAAGAUAAACAAAAAGGAGAAAGUUGAGUAAGUGGGGAAUCCUGAGGUUGACAUGGGCAAGGUGAAUGAUGACAUAAGCAUUGUCCCCUUGUGCAUCAAGCACCAAUGGGUGGGGACAGUAAACAGAACUGUGAAAUAAUUUUAAGUCUAAUCUCACUUCCACCUAUUGUAAGAUCUCUGAUCUUUAUUUAUUCUUUCCUAUCUGAUCUAGCCAUUUAAGAGUCAGCCACAGCCACCCCAUAGAAUCUCUCCACCCAUUCCGGAAUUCCUCUUCCUUCAAAACCUUCCUUUAACCUAAGGCUUGAAGAGGACAUGAUUUUCAAUACGGAAGAAACAUCCAGCACUGUGAAAGCCAGCGAGGAUAUUGCUCAAGGAAGUCCAGCUGUUAGUCCAGAAGAGUGGCUGAAUUUAAGCCUGGGACGGAAUCCAUUAUCAACAUCUGAUGACUCUGAAUCACAAUCAAGACCAACCUCAACCAAGGUUUUUUCAUGCAACUUCUGCAUGAGGAAGUUCUUCAGUUCACAAGCAUUGGGGGGUCACCAAAAUGCCCACAAGAGGGAAAGAGGCGCAGCCAGACGAUAUCAGUCUCAGGGGAUGAUGACCAUGGCGGGUUUGCCUACUCAUAAUCCCAUGUUCAGAACACUUGGUGUGCGGCCACACUCCCUAGUGCAAAAACCAAGCAGACAUGGAACAGCAACUGUGGCAAGAUUUAAUGAGACUAAUACAGGGUUUGGAAUGGCAUGGGAAACCCAGCCAUGGGAGGAAGCAAUGGAUUUGAUGUGGCCGGGAAGUUUUCGCUUGGAUCCACAAACAUCAGAGCAGCCAUUAGAUCCACUUAAGCUUGACUUAAAUCUCAGGCUGUAAACAGUUUAUCCAUCUCUUAUAUUACAGUUCUUUAUUUC